CGGAUGAAUACGCCCGCACUUUCAAACACUGAGGCUAUAUAGACAUUGGUCUUUUAAAACGACUUCCCUUUCUAUUUCCCUGCGUCAGAGUGCGGAGGGGGACAUAUAGAAUUGGUCGCAUUUAUUCAAGAAUUGUCAACAAAAUCAACCAAGAUGCCUGAAGAAAUGCGCCAAGAGGAGGAGGCUGAGACCUUUGCCUUUCAGGCAGAGAUCGCUCAGCUGAUGUCCCUGAUUAUCAACACUUUCUACUCCAACAAGGAGAUCUUCCUCAGGGAGCUCAUCUCCAAUGCCUCUGAUGCUCUUGACAAAAUCAGAUAUGAAAGUUUGACAGAGCCCACCAAACUGGACAGUGGGAAGGACCUGAAGAUUGAAGUCAUCCCCAACAAACAUGAACGCACCCUUACCCUUAUUGACACUGGAAUUGGCAUGACCAAAGCUGAUCUAAUUAACAACCUGGGUACUAUUGCCAAGUCGGGAACAAAGGCCUUCAUGGAGGCUCUGCAGGCUGGUGCAGAUAUCUCUAUGAUUGGGCAGUUCGGUGUAGGUUUCUACUCCGCCUACCUGGUGGCAGAGAAGGUGACUGUCAUCACCAAACACAAUGAUGAUGAGCAGUAUGUCUGGGAGUCCUCUGCUGGUGGUUCCUUCACCGUCAAGGUUGAUCCCGGUGAGCCCCUAGGCCGUGGCACCAAGAUCAUUCUUCACCUGAAGGAUGACCAGACUGAGUACAUUGAGGAGAAGAGGGUGAAGGAGAUAGUCAAGAAGCACUCUCAGUUCAUCGGCUACCCAAUCACCCUCUUCGUUGAGAAGGAGCGUGACAAGGAGAUCAGCGACGACGAAGCAGAGGACGAGAAGGCCGACAAAGAGGAGGAGAAAGAGGAAGCUGAGGACAAGCCCAAGAUCGAGGAUGUGGGUUCGGACGAGGACGAGGAUGAUAAGGACAAGGACAAGAAGAAGAAGAAGAAGAAGAUCAAGGAGAAGUACAUCGACCAGGAGGAGCUGAACAAGACCAAGCCCCUCUGGACUCGUAACCCAGAUGACAUCACCACCGAGGAGUACGGCGAGUUCUACAAGAGCUUGACUAACGACUGGGAAGAUCAUUUGGCUGUGAAGCACUUCUCUGUGGAGGGUCAGCUGGAGUUCCGUGCCCUGCUCUUCAUCCCCCGCCGUGCACCCUUUGACCUUUUUGAGAACAAGAAGAAGAAGAAUAACAUCAAGCUGUACGUCCGCAGGGUCUUCAUCAUGGACAACUGCGAGGAACUCAUCCCAGAGUACCUGAACUUCAUCCGUGGUGUGGUGGACUCUGAGGACCUGCCCCUGAACAUCUCCAGAGAGAUGCUUCAGCAGAGCAAGAUUCUCAAGGUCAUCCGCAAGAACCUGGUCAAGAAGUGCCUUGAGCUCUUCACCGAAAUGGCUGAGGACAAGGAGAACUACAAGAAGUUCUACGAGCAGUUCUCCAAGAACAUGAAGCUUGGUAUCCAUGAGGACUCUCAGAAUCGCAAGAGGCUCUCUGAGCUCCUGCGGUACCACAGCUCCCAGUCAGGCGACGAGACUACCUCCCUGUCGGAGUACGUGACCCGCAUGAAGGAGAACCAGAAAUCCAUCUACUACAUCACUGGUGAGAGCAAGGAUCAGGUUGCCAACUCUGCCUUUGUGGAGCGCGUACGCAAGCGCGGCUUUGAGGUGAUCUACAUGACCGAGCCCAUCGACGAGUAUUGCGUCCAGCAGCUGAAGGAGUUUGAUGGCAAGACCCUGGUGUCGGUCACCAAGGAGGGCCUGGAGCUGCCAGAGGAUGAGGAGGAGAAGAAGAAAAUGGAGGAGGACAAGGCCAAGUUUGAGAACCUCUGCAAACUCAUGAAGGACAUCCUAGACAAGAAAGUGGAGAAGGUUACAGUUUCCAACCGCCUGGUGUCCUCGCCCUGCUGUAUCGUCACCAGCACGUACGGCUGGACGGCCAACAUGGAGAGGAUCAUGAAGGCCCAGGCUCUGAGGGACAACUCCACCAUGGGCUACAUGGCCGCCAAGAAGCACCUGGAGAUCAACCCCGACCACCCCAUCGUCGAGACGCUCAGGCAGAAGGCCGAGGCCGACAAGAACGACAAGGCGGUGAAGGACCUGGUCAUCCUCCUCUUCGAGACCUCACUUCUGUCCUCAGGCUUCACCCUGGAUGACCCCCAGACGCACUCCAACCGCAUCUACAGGAUGAUCAAGCUCGGCCUGGGUAUUGAUGAUGACGACGUUGCCACAGAAGAGCCAGCCUCCGCAGCCCCCACCACAGACGAGAUCCCACCCCUUGAGGGGGACGACGAUGCCAGUCGCAUGGAGGAGGUUGACUAAACCCUCCACCCAACCUACCCAAAACGAGCUCCAUCUUUGAUUAACCUCACAUUUUCUUCCAACUGUAUCUUAUUGGUCAUUUUCGUCCCUCGUGUGGAGAGCCUGGUCGAUGUCCUUACAAUGGUUAAAGGAAUAAACACUUUAAAAAAAUUGUCCAUUUACGCUGUACAGUGAAUCAACAUGGCUCGUUCCUGAGCUUUAGUUUUAUUGUGAGGGACGCCAGUAGAGUGUGGCUAUGAUUGUUGUACGAGAUGGUGUCACCCGGGCCUCCCAAAUUUAAGUACCCUGUUGCACUGAGUUUUGAAGUUUAGGGCACUGUCAUAAUGGCAGGGGAUUUUGGAACAUUCCAUUUGACUGUAAAGCAGAGGGGGGUGUUUGGGGGAGGAGAGAAAGGCUGGCUCUACUGCUCAUGUGUGAUGUGCACGCUGCAUGGAGGGUGGGCUGCAGGUUCCUCUGCCCAAGUCCAGACCUGUCUGUAUCAGUCUGACAUUUUGAUUUUUGCAGAAAUUAAAAAGUUAUACUGGAAAUGAAA